AUUUAAAUAGUUUUAGUGCUGCCUUGUCUCCUUCUGCACUGAAGUGAAGGGAAAAAACUCCCGAACAAGUAACAUAUAUUCCCAACGCAUUAUUCCCAUCAGAUGACGGUUCAGGAGAGGAAACUAGUUUAUGCAAAGCAUCACAAGUUCAGGGAGUCGACCGUGGUUUUCUACUUGGUCUGCAGUUGGUGUUUUGUACCGCCAGGCGUUGUUUUGAGAAGGGCGGUUACGACACAAACCGGGCGACGUGGAAGCGUGGCGAGAAUGUCAUGUACGCGCGUCUCGCUUGUGAUCAACGGGGCUUUUCCCAAUAGUUUUUAAAAACGGAUUUUCAGUAUAGAUAAAGGUGUAUUUUAAAUAGUAGAGAGGAUAAAAAAACAACUGACAUUCUUAAUAUCGUGCAUACAUUUAGAUCUAUAGCCAUGGAUGAGGCAAUAGCGAUUAUUUUAAUAUCCGUUGCGAUGUUUUUGGGAUGUUUUCUAUUAGGUUUGAUUCCACUUCUGAUGAAACUUUCGGAGAAAAGCCUACAGUUUAUUAGUGUAUUCGGGGCAGGCCUGCUCUGUGGUACAGCUCUAGCUAUCGUCCUCCCAGAAGGGGUGGAACUACUGGAAGAGUCAUGGAGAGUCUCCUCCUGCUCUGUCGCCCCAGCAGCAGCCAAUCAGAAUGCCAGUGAUGUUGGGGUCGGGCAGCAGCUCCAGGAGGAGGACCCCCCCUCUAAAGGUCUCCCAGCACGGUUCUUCAUCGGAGUCUCCCUGGUCGUAGGGUUCAUCCUCAUGUUCCUGGUGGACCAGAUCAGUAGCUACUGCUCCGGACACGAUCCACGGACUGGGAUGUCGAACAGGACCAGUAUCACAGCUACACUGGGACUGGUUAUCCAUGCUGCUGCUGACGGUGUAGCGUUAGGUACAGCCGUGGCUUCCUCCCAGGUCACAGUUCAAGUCGUGGUGUUCCUAGCUGUGAUUCUGCACAAGGCUCCUACAGCGUUUGGUCUGGUCACCUUUCUGAUGCAGGCAGGUGUAGAGAAGAAGCAGAUUCAGAAGCAUCUCUUGGUGUUCUCUGCGGCAGCACCUGUACUCUCCAUCGGUACAUACUUUAUCCUGAACGCGAGUGGUGGUUCGCCCCAGAACCGUCUGAGUGCUGUGUGUUUCUCCCUCCUACUGCAGAGUGGUGGUUCGCCCCAGAACCGUCUGAGUGCUGUGUGUUUCUCCCUCCUACUGCAGAGUGGUGGUUCGCCCCAGAACCGUCUGAGUGCUGUGUGUUUCUCCCUCCUACUGCAGAGUGGUGGUUCGCCCCAGAACCGUCUGAGUGCUGUGUGUUUCUCCCUCCUACUGCAGAGUGGUGGUUCGCCCCAGAACCGUCUGAGUGCUGUGUGUUUCUCCCUCCUACUGCAGAGUGGUGGUUCGCCCCAGAACCGUCUGAGUGCUGUGUGUUUCUCCCUCCUACUGCAGAGUGGUGGUUCGCCCCAGAACCGUCUGAGUGCUGUGUGUUUCUCCCUCCUACUGCAGAGUGGUGGUUCGCCCCAGAACCGUCUGAGUGCUGUGUGUUUCUCCCUCCUACUGCAGAGUGGUGGUUCGCCCCAGAACCGUCUGAGUGCUGUGUGUUUCUCCCUCCUACUGCAGAGUGGUGGUUCGCCCCAGAACCGUCUGAGUGCUGUGUGUUUCUCCCUCCUACUGCAGAGUGGUGGUUCGCCCCAGAACCGUCUGAGUGCUACAGGUGUUGGGAUGCUCUUCUCCGCCGGGACGUUCCUCUACGUAGCUACGGUUCAUGUACUACCAGAGAUCAGCUCCAGGGGGCAGCAGAGCUCUCCCCACCUCCACGGGACUGGGAGCGGGCAGCUGGAGGUCCUGGAGAGCCUCACGCUGAUACUAGGAGCAGGACUACCUGUGUUACUGGCCCUGGGACUACGUGAUGACUAGUCUUGUGAAUCGACGCUAUCCUACCAAAUCUUGUUCAUAACUCAGCUAUUGAUAAUGAACAUUGAGAAUGAAUGUGAAGGAAGCUUGGAAAUCAAGUCUAUAACUAAGACCGACUAGUGAACGCGAAGAAGACAACCCACAACAUGUUACCAAACAUUAAUUUACACUGGAGUACACCUCAACUCUUACACAGCUAGAGAUCAAUUGGGGGUGUUUCUGUGUGUGAUGCAGUGCGUGUCAGUGUCUUUCUCUGAGAGGUCAUAAGGACAUGGG